AUGGAACACCCGCUCUUUGGCUGCCUCCGCAGCCCCCACGCCACCGCGCAAGGCUUGCACCCGUUCUCCCAAUCCUCUCUCGCCCUCCAUGGAAGAUCUGACCACAUGUCCUACCCCGAGCUCUCCACGUCUUCCUCGUCUUGCAUAAUCGCGGGAUACCCCAACGAGGAGGGCAUGUUUGCCAGCCAGCAUCACAGGGGGCAUCACCACCAUCACCACCACCAUCAUCACCACCACCAGCAGCAGCAGCACCAGGCUCUGCAGGCCAACUGGCACCUCCCGCAGAUGUCCUCCCCGCCGAGCGCGGCUCGGCACAGCCUCUGCCUGCAGCCGGACUCGGGAGGGCCCCCGGAGCUGGGAAGCAGCCCGCCGGUCCUGUGCUCCAACUCCUCCAGCUUGGGCUCCAGCACCCCGACCGGGGCCGCGUGCCCGCCAGGGGACUACGGCCGCCAGGCGCUGUCACCCGCGGAGGCGGAGAAGAGAAGUGGCAGCAAGAGGAAAAGCGACAGCUCAGACUCCCAGGAAGGAAAUUACAAGUCAGAAGUCAACAGCAAACCGAGAAAGGAAAGGACAGCUUUUACCAAAGAGCAAAUCAGAGAACUUGAAGCAGAAUUUGCCCAUCAUAAUUAUCUGACCAGACUGAGGCGAUAUGAGAUAGCAGUGAAUCUGGAUCUCACUGAACGACAGGUGAAAGUGUGGUUCCAGAACAGGCGAAUGAAGUGGAAGAGAGUAAAAGGAGGACAGCAAGGCGCUGCCGCUCGAGAAAAGGAACUGGUGAAUGUGAAAAAAGGAACACUCCUCCCUUCAGAGCUCUCGGGAAUCGGUGCAGCCACCCUCCAGCAAACAGGGGACUCGCUAGCAAACGAAGACAGCCACGACAGUGACCACAGCUCUGAGCAUGCACACUUAUGA